AUGGGAGUCCCAUUCGACUAUGCGCCCGAUCGACCGGAGAACAUCCAGCAGAUCCUGAACAGCCUUGAGCGAUAUAACCCGGAAACGACGACGAUAUUCCAGGAAUAUGUCAUGCAGCAAUGCGAAAAUCAGACAUACGACUGCUACGCCAACUUGGCGCUCUUGAAACUCUACCAAUUCAACCCCCACCUACUCAAAGAUGAAGCCGUCACCAAUAUCCUCCUCAAGUCGCUAACCGUUUUCCCCUCCCCGGAUUUCUCCCUAUGCCUUGCCCUCCUACCACCACAUAUCCUCCUCCCUCCUUCAAAAGCCUCGGCCGCGGCUUCGAAUAACCCCGUUGCUGGAGAGGCCCCAUUCAAUGAGGCGGUGCAGAAGCUUACCGUCCUACACCGCCUACUCGCAGGCGCACAGUACUCGGAAUUCUGGUCAACGCUCGAUGGCGACGAUCUGUAUGCGGACUUGGUGGCUGAUGUUGCUGGCUUUGAGGAGCUCAUGAGGGUCAGAAUUGCCGUUGCCGUUAGCCAGUCUGUGCGCCAAAUCUCGAGAAGUGUGCUGGAAUCCUGGUUGAAUCUUCGCGCCGCUCCGUUCGACAAAUUUGUCAAGGAAGUAUGCGGUUGGGGCAUCGAAGGAGAGGGCAAGGAUGCCAAGGUCAGAGUUCCUUUGAACAAGGAGAACGAAGCGAAGGGAGUAGUGGUGCGAGAGAAUGUGAAGUUCGAACAAUUCGGGCGAUUGGUGCGGAGAGCUUAUGAGCAACCCGCCUAA